UAAUUAUCGCUUGAUUGUCCUAAAUAGCUACAAUUUCCAUCCGCCUCUUUAGAAACCUGCUGCUAAUGAAACCCCUGACCUAUGUUUCUAUUUUUCCAUAUAUUGUUGUUAUAUGGUUAUGAUGAUGAAUGAAUUGACACCUACUGAGAAUGCAUCACCAUCCCUGGAUUCUGAUGAACUCAUGGGAACAGAAACUGAGACAGAUGGUAAUGAAAGUCAGAAAGACAUUGACUCUCGAUCCAAAAUAAAAAAUAAACCAUCCAAAGCUAGUGCCAUAUCAGAACAAUAUAAAAACAUGAAAAGUUUACCUGGUAAACUCCUUGUUGAUUUUAAUAGUUUCGAUGGAGUUUGGUAUCAUCACCCUGUGUUCAAAAAAUAUUGGGAACAAUAUCACAUGUGCAUGGAAUGGCAGAAAAAACAUGCAGAAACAUACAACAAUAUCAUUAAAAAGCAAUGGUCUGAUUGGAUGGCACAGACGAGUCAAGUGUCAAAGUCAUACACGCAAGUCUAUAGAAAUGCUGUACCUCAAACAAACAACAAAACAUUGGGAGAGAAUAAUAAGAGGACACAACGUAGGAAAAGAAAAGGAAAAAAGAAGAGAAGACGUAAAGAAGAAAUGAGCCCCGUGGCUAGUAGUUCCAUGGUAGAUAGUAGUGAUUAUGAAUAUGACACAGAAGAACAAAUUUAUGAAAUCACAGAAGAAUUGAAAUCAUUUUUUGAGACUACAAAGCUUCAUAAAGAAUCAAGAAGGAAAGAAAAGGCUGCAAUGAGGAAAUCUGAAAAGGAAGAACCAAAUGAAUAUGUUAACAUAGAAAAAGCAACAAUGAAAUCUCAACAUGCCACAACUUCAGCACCCACAGAAAGACCUGGAGCAAGACGUACCUCUGAAAUGCGACAACUUUACGGGAAGAGUGCAGCAAUGAUUCAUGGGAUGGAAACAGCCAUCCAACUGACAUAUGAUAGAAACUGUGAUAUAGUUCAGCCAAAACUUUGGCCAAACAUGCCAUUAAAUAUAAGUUUCUCAACUUAAUGUAGGAUUCAGUUUUGGCUAUUUUAAAUGUUUCAAUAAAAAUUGUAACAUA